AAGGUUGGGGUGGAAGCGGAACAGGGGGCGGGUCAAAGCACAAGCGUUGCUAAGCGUUCCAGGGCUGCUGCGUUGCAACAAGGUGAGAGUAGCAAUCAUUCUCAUGGGAAGGAUUGUGUGGAGCAGGAGGAAGUUAUACAUCAGGGCGGAAAGGUGACCCCCAAAGAUGCUUGCAACAUGGAUCCUUCGGGAGCUUCUGAUAAGGUUGAAACACCAGUUCUUUCCCAGGGCACGGUGCAGGCAAUGAUGGUAACUGCCUUGGAGUGGGAAGAUGGCCCAUCUUGUGCUCUUUUCUCGGAGGGGACCGAAGACUAUGAGUGGAUGAAUCAAAAAGUAGACAUACCAAUCAAGCAUGUGCAGACACCAAAUGCUUCUAGCUCUGAUGUGCAGAAUUCAAUCCCAUUAGUGCCAAACUUUGACAACACUCCUCAAGUUGAAAGGCCUAGCAACCUCCCAACCGCAACAUUUGACACAGCUCCAAAGCUCCCUAGGGCAAACGACAUUCUGGGGCCUGUGUUUGAUGUGUCCCCCAUCUCAUUCAAAAACGCUUCCUCCGAUGGACCUCAAGGUUUUUUCUUGCUUCAGAACACAAGCUCCUUUUUAUCUAAGAGUUUUCUCAGUGCGUUUCCUUUUUGCAUUCUCAUUUUUCUUUCUGUUUUUUGUGUUGUUGCAAUGUUGUGCAGUAGUAGUGGAUUUGCACGAGACAACCAAGGCGAAUGUUGAGGUCAGGGGUGAGUCCAACAGUCUUGGUAAACAGUCAAAGAAGAAAAGGGUGGCUGUCUCCCCAGACAAUGUGCCAACGAUGAAGAAGAUUAAGGUUGAUGCACACGGUAAUGCCUUACACCAUCAGUAUGUAAUGACCAGAUACAAGACAAGAAAACCAAAGAAAAACGAGCUUCUGCCCGACUUCAUUGAAAUAGAUGGCUUCCAUACAUCUCUCGAGAAUUUUCAUGCAUCUCUAAAGCCAAGAGCGGAGAUUGACAAUGAGGUCAUGACCUUAUACCUGAAGACAUUCAACUAUGAUCAGUCAGUGAAGAAGAAGAAGCCAAAAAAAUUUGUUUUCUCAGUGUUGAUGAGUUUGAAACUCAGUGCUGAGCCAGAUGUGUUUGAUCUGAAGGUGUGCGAAAAAGAAUUUAAGAAUGCUUGCUUACAAAAUCACAUUUCAAAAUCUGACCUGCUAUUCUUCAUGGUUGUACACAAAAGGCACUGGGCAGUAGUAGUUGUUAACAUCACCCAAAAGGAGUUCAAUAUCUUUGACUCCAUUAGGAACUCGGAAGACCUUUUUGAGAUGGACAGGAUCACUAAGAAUGUGGUAAUGCUCCUGUUGGAGUUUGGCGCAACAAAUCUUUUCCUUCUUUUUGCUUUUCCACACCGCACACUUAUGCAUUUUGUUUGUCCAUGUUUUAUCGGGUUUGAUCAGGUCGCAAACAUCAAGAGUGUUGCAAUGAGGGAGCCACUUUUUAAGCACAAUCUCGAGUCUUACUCGCUAUUCACCCCACUUGAUUACCCUCAACAAAAAACUUACUAUAACUGUGGCUACUAUAGUAUUUUAUACGUGGAGAAUUGGGAUGGCCUUGUUAUGCUGUCAUUUGGCCAGGUAUUUUCUUUAGAUAGCAAACCAUAUUUUUUGUGUAAUUCUUCUCAACUUGAUUGGGAUCUGUUUCAUGACUAAAUUUUUACUUGUUUCCUGUUUUAUUGCUUCCUAGGAUUACAUCCCAAACCUUCAGAAACGCAUUGCAGCAGAUCUGUUGAGACACCCAAGCAACAAGUUGGACCCCGCGCAUCAGCUGAAGCUGCUUCUUCAGCGUUAGAUGGGUGUUUUCGAGCUUCUGCAACAGGAGGAGUCAUGGCGGCGGUGGCCUAGUACUGCUGACGCGAGUUUUUGUAGCUAGCUAGAGUGUAGUUGGGAGCAUGUUCUUGUCGCCAGCUCGAGUGUAGUUGAGAGCUUGUUCUUCUAGCCAGCUCAACUGAACUUUUUUCACAAUGCAACUCUGAAUGAAGCACAGGAAUGUUUCAGUGUGUGACUGUAUGCAAGGAUUUGUUUUUUGUGAAGCCUAUUCAAGAUUGUUUGUCAGCUUAUGCAAGGAUUAUUUGUUUUUUACUUGCCUUUUCAAGAAGAUUGUUGAUAUACUUUGA